CGAAAGACAACAAACGGCACGCCCAACAUACAGCGACAAACGAGCAUCCUAACAAACAAAACCAAUCCGACAGUAUACGACCAAUAGGUUAUAUAAGAGACCGAGUUCAAUUCUGAGUAUAGUUGUUGAAUCUCUCGAGUACAUGCAGCGGAUGCCACUUUGUUCUGCCCCUCAUUUAUCGCCCCGCUAAACACGAUCCCCCUUGAGGAGAGGGCUCCUGGCAGCAUUCGACAUCCACGCCACAUAAAAAUAAGAAAACAGUAUCUUUCAAUAUGGAGAACUACCAGAAAUUGGAGAAGAUUGGAGAGGGAACCUACGGAGUCGUCUACAAAGCCCGCGACCUCCUGCACGGCGGCCGCAUUGUAGCUCUCAAGAAGAUCCGUCUCGAAGCCGAAGAUGAAGGCGUCCCCUCCACCGCUAUCCGCGAGAUCUCCCUCCUCAAAGAGAUGAACGACCCCAACAUCGUCCGCCUUCUCAACAUCGUCCACGCCGACGGCCACAAGCUGUACCUCGUCAUGGAGUUCCUCGACCUCGACCUGAAGAAAUACAUGGAAGCCCUCCCCAUCAGCGACGGCGGGCGCGGCAAGGCUCUCCCCGAAGGCUCCAGCCCCGACCUCGGCCGCCUCGGCCUCGGCGACCAGAUGGUCAAGAAGUUCAUGAGCCAGUUGUGCGAGGGUAUUCGCUACUGCCACAGUCACCGCGUGCUGCACCGUGAUUUGAAGCCGCAAAAUCUCCUGAUCGACCGCGAUGGUAACCUCAAGCUUGGGGAUUUCGGACUCGCGAGAGCCUUUGGUGUGCCUCUCCGCACAUACACCCACGAGGUCGUCACGCUGUGGUACCGCGCUCCCGAGAUCCUGCUCGGUGGCCGCCAGUACUCUACUGGUGUCGAUAUGUGGUCCGUCGGCUGCAUCUUCGCCGAGAUGUGCACGCGCAAGCCGCUGUUCGCUGGUGAUUCCGAGAUUGACGAGAUCUUCAAGAUCUUCCGCCUUCUCGGCACACCCACCGAACUCGACUGGCCCGGCGUAACCUCCUUCCCCGACUUCAAAUCCUCCUUCCCCAAAUGGGGCCGCGACCUCAACGCCAACCUGAUCCCCGGCCUUGACAACAUCGGCCAGGACCUGCUGGAGAACAUGCUCGUCUACGACCCCGCCGGCCGCAUCUCCGCUAAGCAAGCUUGCAUGCACCCUUACUUUGAGCAGGGAAGCGCGGCGCACUCGGGCAGAGGGCAUGGGCCGACCUAUGCGGCGACGGGGAGUUAUCAAUGAGCGCAGCGCAGUUAGUCAGUUAGGGUAGGGCGGUGGAAGGAUUUUUUUCUUUGAGCGGGCGUGCGUGCGUGCGAUACCAGAUGCGAUGGGAGAAGG